CGGCUUAAAAACUUUGUACUUGAUUUUUUAUAGCUCUGUACAGUGUGUGUACUCAAUGAGCCCUCCUCGUAUAGCAAAGUUAGUGCAAUGAGUGCCGCGUCAACAAUUCCGCCUGGAGCUGGCGGCGGUGAUGAAGAAGCUUGGCUGUACGAGUCAAAAGAGACAGAUGUUUUACCGCCGGGCGAUGAUUCUUCUCAAGAACCAGGCGUUCCCGGAGAGGAUUCGCAGGAGGAACAGCAGGUGACGCUGGUGGAAGAGUCUCAUGGCGAAAAGGAGAACGGCAAAAGUGAUAAAGCAAACAAAGAGGACCUCGAGGAGGGCGAAGACGACGACGACGAUGAUGAUGAUGAUGAUGACGAAGAUGAGAUUGAGGUCACAAUCGGUGACACGAAAUCGGCUCCAGUUCCACCAGGGGGUGCGGCAAGCGCUGUCUCCAGCGGGAUCACCGCUGGAGCGCCCGUCAAUUUAAACAUCAAAAAAAGUAUUGGAGGUGGCACUACAGCUGUCACUGGUCUGGGGGCAACCGGUGGGCAAAUUGUCAAGCAAACGCACAAAGGAUUAGAUAUUGAUGCAGUUGCAUCUAUUAAUGGUACGAAUAUUUACGAGUUUAAUAUUGAUUCGCUUGAGGAGAAGCCGUGGCGCAAACCGGGAGCAGAUAUUACGGAUUAUUUCAAUUAUGGAUUUACUGAGGAAACUUGGAAGAUUUACUGUGACCGACAACGAAGGCUUCGGGGUGACAAUAAUAUACAGGGCGUAAAGAGUAUGGUGAAUCAGGUGCCUUCUACUAUGGGUGGGCCAGGAGGUGGCUAUGAGAAAUAUCGUCCAUCUUAUGGCGGUUCGAGGGAUCCAAAGGAAUCGUACGGUGGCGGUCCACGAGGUAUAGGAGGAGGGUCAAAGCGAGAAACUGGGGGAACCAUCGAUGUGAUCGGAGCCAACUCAAAUUCGCGCCGACCACCCCAGGGGCCACCGCCACCUCUCGACGACUCAGGACCACCUCCACCGAUGAUGGGCGGUCCACCAAAUGACAUACCGUCACAUUUCCCCGGGCAGUUUGCUAACGUCGGCCAUCCAAUGCCCCCAUACGAUCCACACUCGAUGCCGCCUCCUCCGUUUGAUCCACGAUUUCCUCCACCAGGAGGGUUGAUACCUUCUCCAUUGGACGGACCUGGCAUACCACCAGCACCGUUCGACCCAUACGGUGCUCCACUUGGUCUCCCGCCGCCACCUAUGCCUAAUAUGCCGCCACCAAUUAUGCCAGGUCCCGGCGAUUUUCGGACCAGUGGAGCUGGAGGUGGGGGUGCUGGUAACAACGGAGCCGGUGGGGGGGAUGACAGCGGACGAAUGAGCAGCGGUCCACAAGCGAUGGACGAUCUCGCAGCUGAGUACGAACGGAGAAGACACCACAGGUCUCGCGAUGAACGUGACGAUCGUGACUACCGUGAAGAACGGGAAAGAAGACAUCGUGAACGGGAGCGCGAACGGGAUAGUCGAGAUGAUCGACGAGAUCGUGAGGAUCGUCGUGAGCGCGACCGGAGUGAUCGAGAUCGGGACAGAUCAGAUAGGGACCGCAGUGACCGAGAUCGAGAUAGCGAUCGGCAUAGGUCAAGCCGAAAGUCUCGGCGACACGAUGAAGAAGAUGACGAUAGAAGAUCAUCAAAGCACAAACGUUCAAAGCGCGACGAUGAUUCUUAAAUCAACAGUUUUAUUCUGACGACAUUGUCCUAUAAUUGGCCUUUAUUUUCGUUACAGCCACGAACUAGUAACGCAACUUUAUAAUAGUGUCGUCGUCUUUUCAUUAACACCAUAAUGUUUUGUUAGUCAUUACAGGAUUCAUUAGUGGCUCAUCAAAUGAAUUCUCCAAAUCCAAUGUACACGGAAGUGUCGAUACACAAGAGACAUACGUAUUUCAAUGACUGUAUUGUGGGAUACAUUUAGAAUCAUUAUAUAUACCUUUCUUUCUGUAUGUACAAUUUCACACUAAAAAAAUUCAAAGUCAAAUUUGAAAAGUAGACGAUCACAAAUGCAUAUCUGUUCGUGGCGAUCAUUGAGAGUAGAUCUAUGUGUAUCAUAUAUAUAAAUAGAAUUGUUUGGUAUUGUGAACAUUUUGCUCUCUAUCCUUAGAUAGUGGAAUAGAAGCAGACAAUAUUUACAGGUGACAGGAGAGUUGCCGAACAUUGUACGAAAACUUAAACAAAUAUAAUACAUAUUAAUGUCCUUAAAAGCUGGGUUCUUCUUUAGUUACGUAUUAUCGGAUCCAGAAAAUAACUGUACAGUUCUUAUACAUAAAAAAUCUUCACAACGGUCUGCUGGACCAUUUUUGUUGUGUCAAAUAGCGAACAAAGAAUAAUAAUAAAAUACGAAAAACGUAUAAAGGACCUAUAAACCUCAAAACGUGUAAAGUAUUUACGGAUUU